ACACCACAUCUGCAAUCCUCAAUGGGAACUCAGAAGCCCCUUAUUGUGCCCUGGCUGAUAGAGCAGUUGGACACCCAGCGAUACCCAGGUGUGUCCUGGCUCAACCCAGAAAGAACGCUCUUCCGAGUGCUGUGGAAGCAUGGCUCACGCCGGAACGUUAGCCCGGAGGAUUUUCAGAUCUUUGAGGACUGGGCCAUUGUUAGAAACCUUUACAACCCAGGAAAGGAUCCUCGGACUCCUUCAGAAUGGAAGAGGAAUUUCCGCUCUGCCCUGAACAGAAAAGAUGGCAUUGAGAUGGUGGAGGAUAACAGCACUGCCUCUGAAGAUCCUCACAAAGUGUAUAAAAUCAACCUUGAUAUUGCCAAUCUAAGUGGUCCGGUUCUGGGGGCAGCCAGUGUAGAGGCCAGCGAUGCACCACUGAUUCCAGUUGAAAGUAGGAAGUCAAGUGGGGUGAGUUCAUCUUCUAGUCAGGAUGAAACACUGGACGAUUUGUUGAGUUCCCUGGAUCUCUCCAAUCCCGAUAAAGAAGACUGUCCAGAGUGGUAUAAAACUCUGUCUCCAUCCCAGUUGGAACUGACUAUUACUACAGUACCAAGGACCCUAUUGGAACAACCCAGGGGAACCAAUGAAUUUGGUAAGCUUCCGGGAUCCAGGGGAAAUUCUUACAUCAUAUGCCAAUCCAGACAUUGUAGAAAGAAAAUCAUAUUUCUUAAUAUAUAUAUUUUUUGUUCGAUAUUCAAUUCAGGGAUAGGGGCAGAAAAUGCGAUUUGCUGUGGAGGCCUACCUUCAUCCAAUUUAGAAUUGGAUCCACCCGUUGUCACAAUCCCACCAGUGUUACAACUGAUUGCGGCCCAUGAGUUUGAGACAGAUUUUGAGGUUCGGACUUUUUAUCGGGGCCGUCUGGUCCUCAGUGAAGUCUUCAGGAAUUCACAAGGCCUGUGCUUUGUGCCUCCUGGUGUCUCUGGCAAUCAUCCUGAUUUGGCAGAUGUUACACUGCCUGACCCCACCACUUUGAGUGACAAGCUGCAAGCAUCGCACACGCUUCGGCUUCUGCAAGGAGUGGCACCAGGUGUGCUGCUCUGUAUCAAGGGGAACCAGUUGUGUGGCAUGCGCCAAGGCAUUUACCAUGUCUUCUGGAGCCAGUCUGAGAUGCCGGGAGAUGGGGUGCCGCACGGAUUGCUACUGAGGAAACAGUUCGUUCCCAUCUUCAACCUGCAGCAGUUUGUAUCAGAAUUGAUUGGAUACAUUGAGGGGCGCAAUGGCUCUCCGAAUUACACUCAGUGGUUAUCCUUUGGGGAGAAAUGGCCUGACUCUAAUCGCUCCUGGAAGAAAAAACUGAUCAUGGUACAAAUAAUUCCCAAAGUUUUAGAACAUCUUUAUGAACUGAGCCAGAUUCAUGGGGCAUCAUCAUUAAAAGAUAACGAACCAGACCUAAGGAUUUCAGAUCCUCUACAACAACAUUGCUUUCUGGAGCAGCUGCACAAAUGGGAAGAGAAGAUGGAAAUAGAGUUUAGGAGCUAGCUACACAAUACUACAUGUUGUCCAGUCAGAGUCAGCUCCCUUUGGAUUCCUCUGUUCUACAGCAGGAUGACAUUUUGCCUUUCCUGUGAAAAGGUGAACACCAAGAACUGAAAUGUAGCCUGGAAUUCUACUGGACCUUUUGAGUCAAUUGAAUUAUUGCUUCCCUUCCACCCCCCAACCCCCCAGCCUUCUGGUUUUGGGUCUGCAUACUGUCUAGAAUGUAAAAAAUGUG